CUUGGCUAAAAAAAAUAUAAGAAAACAGAGAAAAUAUGUAAUGUGUAAAGUGAAACACUUUACAGUGUACACAAGUUUCAAUGUGAAUUUUUUACUGUAAUACAUGUUGCUGCAGGUUAUUUGUUUAUUUUUAGUACUUUAAUGCACAAUGGAUCUGAACUUCCCCAUCUAUGGCUUCUGCUAGUCUCCAAAAUUCAUGGUUUUAGGGUAUUUUUCCUCUGCAUAUGAGUUUUUCCUGCAAAACCCAUUUCUGGCAUUUUACACUUCCUGUUCUUUGGAACCAACGUUUUUUUUUUCUGUUCUAAUGUUUUCGAUGGCUCUAGACAAUCAUGAAGCUUUGAUGAUGGGUUCUAUUUUAAUUUAGUGCACGCUUACAUCCUUACAGCUUUUUGGCUUAGGCAUUAUUGGGUUUUCAUUUCCGCUCUUUUCUCUCUCUUUUUUAAUAUAUGGGUCACUGUGAGUUUAAGCUUGGUAAUUAGUUGUGUAUGCAAAUGGGUCCUCCCUUCCUACUCCUCAGCCACUGUGUUGAGAUACUAUGAGAGUUCCUGUUAGGCAGUAUUGGCUUUUUGUUUGACAUAACAAGUUUUGGAAAUGUGUUUUUAUUACUAUCAAAAAGUAGAGCUCACAUUUUUCUGUACAGAGAGCGAUGAGGAAAUAUUUAAUGUGUCCUUUUGUAUUGGAUCAUGAAUGCAUUGGAGAGGAUUUAACUGGUAUUGCAAGCUUUGAUUAGGUUCUAACCAAAUGCAUGCUAGUUGUUUGAUAUCAGUUUUCAUAUAUAUGUAUAAGAGCAAGUGAUUUCUUGGGGGAAUGAAUCUUGGUCCAUUUUCUUUGGCUCUUGAUCUAAAGGUGGGUAUACAGGCUUAGGUUUCAAGAAAUAUAGGAUCUGGACCAUUUUGUUGUACUUGGGAUAUGCUUUUAUUCGCACUUACGAAUUAGACUCUCUUUUCCAAAUCGGGUUUUAGUGGUCGAGCAUUGUUCUGUAAGGAAAUAAUUAAGAAAGCUUUUGUUUAGAGAAUGAGAUCCAUAGAGGAAAAGGGGUGCUACAACCAUGGACCAAUUCAAGAGAUCUCAACUAGCAAUGGGAUAAGUUUUGAGUUUCAUAAAAGCAAUGGAGCUAACCGCACUUCUCAUCAUAGGACAGCCUUAGGCAAGCCAGCACCAUCCAAAUGGGAUGAUGCACAAAAAUGGCUUGUUGGGAUGUCAAGAGGGGGAGAUAAAAACCAAUCCAAGCCAAGAGACUCAAAUGCUGAUGAUAGGAGACUGAUAGCUCCAGUUCCACAGCAGGAACAAGACUAUCCAAGUGAUGAAGAUGAAGUUGAAGGAGAAGAGGCAAAUGGUUGCCCUGCUUCAGUGACAAAUCCUUAUGAAGUGGAAACUAAGAAGGUGGAUUGUGAUGAGUCCAUUUGGAGAAUCAAUAACCCAAUAGAGAAUUCUAUUGCAACUGCUCCUAGAUCAAUAUGUGUUAGGGAUAUGGGGACUGAGAUGACCCCAAUUGCCAGCCAAGAGCCUUCAAGAACAGCAACUCCUAUAAGAACUGGAACUCCAGUAGCAAGGAGCCCCAUAUCUUCUGGAUCCUCCACUCCCGUAAGGCAUCAGCAUGGACAGCAAGGCACUGAUCAGGGCUAUCCAGGAGGUUUAAGAUCUACUGAAAACAGAGGUGAGCCCAAUUCUGUUGCCAGAGGACACCAUGGAGAAGAACCUAACGGUUCUAAGAUGCCCGAGAACAAGGAUUUAAAUGAAGCAAGAAAUCUGAAUUCCUUGGAGACAAGAGCUAUGGCUUGGGAUGAGGCAGAGCGCGCCAAAUAUAUGGCAAGGUAUAAGCGUGAAGAGGUGAAGAUACAAGCCUGGGAAAAUCAUGAGAAGAGGAAAGCAGAAAUGGAAAUGAGGAAAAUGGAGGUGAAGGCUGAGAGAAUAAAAGCUCGUGCACAGGAAAAGCUGGCGAGCAAACUCGCAGCAACAAAAAGAAUAGCUGAAGAGAAGAGAGCAAAUGCUGAAGCCAAAAUGAAUGAGAAAGCUGUAAGGACUGCUGAAAGGGCAGACUAUAUAAGGAGGACUGGCCACUUGCCCUCUUCCUUUUCCUUCAAGUUGCCUUCCCUUUGCUGGUAGAGAUGCUGUACUUUGUCUCCAUAUAACAUGUUCCGAUAAUCAUUCUUCUGUCACCUCUUUUCAUGACAUAUAUUUCUGUGAACUUUUGAACUCAGUUGAUAAGUUAAAUUAUAAAAGUGCUUUCCUGGGGUUCCUUUCA